AUGAGUUAUGAUCAAACAAGAAAAGCGUUCGAGAAUGUGAUAGAGAAACCAUCUUUGACAGACAAAUUAUUGUCCAAACCACCUUUCAAAUUCAUUGCGGAUAUUGUUAGCAAUGUGAGGUCUGCCACAGGCUAUUUGAAGAACGAGUUUACUGAUGAGGAGAUCAGUACAGCUGCCACUGAUAAAGACACAAAAAUAGCAUUUCUGGAAAAAUUGAUCCAAAUUUUGGACGAUGGUAGUCUGGGAAAUGUAAAAGCCAUCAAAGUGUCGUCCGGGAAAGAGCCGGAGGAGACAAACAAAAUGCUCCAAGUGCUGGGUACCAAUGCAGCAAGCUUUAUGUCAAACGGACAAGGGGAAAAGAAGAAGAAAAAACCAAAAAAAGAGGACAAAAAAACAGAAAAAGAAGUCGAGGAAAAACCAAAAAAGCGGAGCAGUAGAAAAGACAGUCACAGUGAAGAAAAAGUGGAGAAGUCUGCUAGUAAAUCGGAUAAAUCAGAAAAAUCAGAAAAAUCAGAUAAAUCAGAAAAGAAAAAAGAAUCCAAAAGAGAAGCAAGUUCAGAUGAGAAAAAGAAGAAAACCUCUUCGUCAAGUUCAAAGGAACGACAUAAGUCCAGUGAACGCAAAGAGAAGAAGAAGACGGACGAAGAAAAGAAACCCAAGAAAAGCAGCAAAAAGGACCCGACAGAACGACUUUUACAACGACAGGACUCCAUGAUAGCAGUUAAUGGAGACGCGCCCGAAACUCCCCCGACAGAUGAGAAUCGUAAUCCUCAAGACGAGGGUUUUGAUGAACUGAGCAUCCCGGAACCAAAUAUUUUGGCCAAUUCGGAGAAUGAAACGUCAGCGCAGUCGUUCACAAUACAACCAGUAUCUUCGCCAUUGAAAACUGAUGAUAGUGGGAUUGGUGAUAGUCCCAGAAUGAUAAAACCAGAAGAUAGACCUCCACCACUGAUAAGACCGAUGACAGGAGCAGCUGGUGGCAGACCAAUGACAUCUAUGGGACGUCCCGGCACCGCUGCAUCAAGACCAGCACCUCCAAAACUGAAGAAAAAGCGAAUUGCUACUGUUGAUGCCACUCCCCAAGCGGUGAUAGAACUGAAGUCUGAAAUAUUCACAGAAUCGAUACCAACUCUUAACUUGGGGGAUUAUGAUAAUUUUAUAAUGGAGAACGAUGAAGAUGAUGAGGAUAAAACUGCAAGAAUUUCAGAGCUAGUUGAUGAAGAAGAUCGUGGAGCACUGGUCCAGAAAAUAAUGGAUACCAAGGCUGGAAUAGAGGAUAGUGCAACACAAGACCAGGAACAGGAUGCGGAAACUGACAAGAAUGUGUCAGUAGAGAAGGAGAAGAUAAAACAAUUACAGGACAGACUUCAAGACUUGACAAAAGCUGCUUAUCCGCUAGCCAGACUUUUUGAUUUUGCUAAUUCCAUGAUAAAAGAAUUGGAACGUUGGAGAAGUGAACAACGACGGAACGAGCAGGAGGAACAAAACAAGAAAUCGUCUGGAUUUGGGGAUAGUAGCAGACUAUACAACAUGAUAGCCAACCUACAAAAAGAAAUCAGUGAUAUGAAGGAAGAGUUGAGUAAAGCAAGAGGACGCGUUCUCAACAAUGAAAAACGUAUUCAACUUUUCAUUUCCAAUGUUUAA